UUUAAAUUUAAAUUAAUCAUUAAAGAUGGACACCCAAAAGGGCAAAAGAAUGGGAUAAGGUAAGCUAGCAGGUGCCAAAAGACAUAAAAGUAAAAUGAAUAAAGAAAAGAAGGGGGGAUAGCAUAUUACAAAUGGAGAUAUCCGUAGACUUGCUCGAAGAGGCGGAGUAAAAAGAAUUUCAUCAGAUUCUUACUCAACCACUAGGUAUUAUCUGAAUUUAUUAAAUAAGAGAUGUCAUAGUUAGUUUUUUAUAAUCCUUAGUGAAAGAUGCCAUUAUAUACACUGAACAUGCGUAAAGAAAUACUGUUUAAGCCAUGGAUGUAGUUUAUGCUUUGAAGAAGUAUGGAAGAAACUUAUUGCUGAAUACAGACUGAAUUAUCAUAAUUUUGAAUUCCAU